CACGCUUGCAAAAAGGUUCAAUAUCCAUAAGGUCUUUUGGGACAACAAUGCUUAGAAGUGGAGACACCGAAUCAGACAGGAAACGUUUGCAAGUGAUACAUGAGCUGGCUGGCAGGCGCGUGAGUUGAUGACAUCACAACAGGCUGGCUGCAGAGUGAGAAGGGGAGUCCCACCUUCAGGAGGUUCAAAAUAAGCGACACUCCCCAGAGGCAGCCACCUGCAACAAGUGUUGUGACACAUCAGGCACAGAGGACGAGACACUCGCGGGCGAUAACAAAUCAGACCCAAGUGGAGAUCUGCUUUGGAAGGGAAAAUUACUGAUGGAGCACAGCAACUCGACUGUUUGUCCAUCCAUCGAUGACUUCCGUAAUCAGGUUUACUCCACGGCCUACUGCCUCAUCACCGUCUUCGGCCUGACUGGGAAUGGCUUCGCCUUAGUGGUGUUGAUCCUAAUGUCCCACCAGAGUUCUCCUUUCAAUGUCUACAUGCUGAACCUGGCUGUUUCCGACUUGCUGUGCGUCAGCACUCUGCCUCUGCGGGUUCUUUACUAUGUGAACAAGGGUCAGUGGAACCAGGGCGAUUUCCUGUGUCGCAUCAGCUCCUACACCCUCUAUGUCAACCUUUACUGCAGCAUUUACUUCAUGGCGGCCAUGUCCGUCACACGCUUCGUUGCCAUUGUCUUCCCUAUGCAGAGCCUUCAAGUGGUGACAGUGAGCCGUUCACGUCUAAUGUGUGUCAGCAUUUGGAUUUUUAUCUGUUUAGCCUCUUCACCCUUCUUGAUGACAGGCCAGAGACUUGAUCCAGUCACCAACAAAACAAAAUGCUUUGAGCCUCCGCAAGGUCAAGGUGUGUUCAAGGUGGUCAUGCUGAAUAAUUUGUCUUUGGUGUUGGGGUUUCUUCUGCCCUUUUUGGUCAUCCUUCUCUGCUACACUGGCAUCCUCCACACCCUACUGACCCGCACUCCACUGGCCAGGUCCCAGCAGGACACAACUUCCAAAGCAGUUUGUAUGAUUGGCAUCAUCCUUUUGACUUUCUUAAUAAGCUUCAUGCCAUACCACGUGCAACGCUCCAUCCACAUAAACUCCUUGUCCAGGACCGACACUUCCUGCGCUGAAAGGGUUGCCAUGCAGAAGUCGGUUGUGGUGACGCUGUGCCUGGCAGCAGCCAAUUCGUGCUUUGAUCCGCUGCUUUACUUUUUCUCUGGGGAAGGUGUCCGCAACCAACUGUCCUCCAUGCGCCUGUCAUGGACAGCCAGCACACGGACACGCUCACUGAGACUUAAUGCUGCUGGCGUUGAGUCUGGCGACCACCGACAGCUGUGCGCUACUUCGUUUCUACAAAACAGGAGCGCUGUCGAAUAA